AUGCUUCCAUUAACUGGAAAAACAAUCAUCUUUGAUAACUUUCCUGAUCCUUCUGAUACAUGGGAAAUCAUUGAAACGAUCGGCAAAGGAACUUACGGGAAAGUUUUUAAAGUGUUAAAUAAGAAAAAUGGCCAAAAAGCAGCAGUGAAAAUUCUGGAUCCGAUUCAUGACAUUGAUGAAGAGAUUGAAGCAGAGUAUAACAUCUUAAAAACGCUUUCUGACCACCCUAAUGUGGUCAGAUUCUACGGGAUGUACUUUAAGAAGGAUAAAAUAAGUGGAGAUAAGCUGUGGUUGGUUCUUGAGCUGUGCAAUGGAGGAUCAGUGACAGAUCUCGUGAAGGGUUUUCUGAAGAAGGGCAAAAGAAUGAGUGAGCCCAUAAUUGCCUAUAUUUUACGUGAAGCACUAUUGGGACUUCAGCAUUUGCAUAACAACAAAACUAUCCACCGAGAUGUAAAAGGAAAUAACAUUCUGUUGACCACUGAAGGUGGAGUUAAACUUGUAGAUUUUGGUGUGUCUGCACAACUCACCAGCACUUGGCACCGUAGGAAUACAUCUGUGGGAACACCAUUUUGGAUGGCUCCUGAGGUGAUUGCAUGUGAACAGCAAUUGGAUACCACUUAUGAUGCCAGGUGUGACACAUGGUCCCUGGGGAUUACAGCCAUCGAGCUAGGGGAUGGAGAUCCUCCACUGGCCGACCUGCAUCCUAUGAGAGCACUCUUCAAAAUACCAAGGAAUCCACCCCCCCAUCUAAGGCAGCCUGAGAUAUGGUCAGCAGAAUUCAAUGACUUCAUUAGCAAGUGCUUGACUAAAGAUUAUGAAAAGCGUCCAACAGUAUCAGAUCUUUUACAGCAUAAAUUCAUUACUCAAAUUGAGGGCCAAGAUGUGAUGUUGCAGAAGCAGCUGAUGGAAUUCAUUGAUAUUCAUCAAGGCAUGGGAGGCACAGAAAAAGCCAGACAUGAACGUAUUCACACCAAGAAAAGUAACUUCAGGAGAUCACUAAUAUCCACUCUGAAGGAUGUAGACGAUUUAGCAACCCUAGAAGUUUUGGAUGAGAAUACAGUCUCCGAGCAACUUGAGAAGUGUUAUUCCAGAGAUCAGAUUUACAUCUAUGUGGGAGAUAUACUCAUUGCUCUUAAUCCUUUUCAGAGUCUGUGUCUUUAUUCCACAGAGCAUUCUAAACUAUAUAUUGGAGCAAAGAGAACUGCCAAUCCUCCUCACAUUUUUGCAAUGGCUGACGUAGGAUACCAGUCCAUGAUAACAUAUAAUUCAGAUCAGUGCAUUGUUAUUUCUGGAGAAAGUGGUGCUGGAAAGACUGAAAGUGCUCAUCUUUUGGUUCGGCAGCUGACGGUGCUUGGAAAGGCUAAUAACAGAACUCUGCAAGAGAAGAUUUUACAAGUGAACAAUUUGGUGGAAGCCUUUGGCAAUGCCUCCACUAUUAUAAAUGACAAUUCCAGCCGAUUUGGAAAAUACUUAGAAAUGAAAUUUACCUCUUCUGGAGCUGUAGUGGGAGCACAGAUUUCUGAAUACCUUCUGGAGAAAUCCCGAGUUAUCCACCAACCUCUUGGAGAAAAAAAUUUUCAUAUUUUUUACUAUAUCUAUGCUGGAUUAGCUGAAAAGAAGAAACUAGCCCAUUACAAACUGCCUGAAAAUAAGCCUCCCAGAUAUCUACAAAAUGACCACCUCAGAACAGUACAGGAUAUGAUGAAUAAUAGUUUCUAUAAAUCCCAAUAUGAAUUAAUUGAGCAAUGUUUCAAAGUCAUAGGUUUUACAAUGGAGCAACUUGGAAGUAUAUACAGUAUACUGGCUGCAAUCAUGAAUGUUGGAAACAUUGAAUUUUCUUCUGUGGCAACUGAACACCAGCUUGACAAGAGCCACAUUUCCAAUCAUGCAGCUCUGGAAAACUCUGCUUCUUUGCUUUGCAUUCAGGCAGAUGAACUCAAAGAAGCUCUUACCUCCCACUGUGUGGUCACUAGAGGAGAAACCAUUAUUCGACCCAAUACGGUCGAAAAAGCUACUGAUGUCAGAGAUGCUAUGGCCAAAACUUUAUACGGGCGUCUCUUUAGUUGGAUAGUCAAUCGCAUUAACAGUUUAUUGAAGCACAGCACAUCGCCAAGUGGGAACGGUGAUGAGCUGAGCAUUGGCAUUCUGGAUAUAUUUGGCUUUGAAAACUUCAAAAAAAAUUCCUUUGAGCAGCUGUGCAUUAACAUUGCAAAUGAACAAAUUCAGUAUUAUUUCAAUCAACACGUGUUCACAUGGGAGCAGAAUGAAUACCUAAAUGAGGAUGUUAAUGCCAGAGUUAUUGAAUACGAAGAUAACCGGCCCCUCCUAGAUAUGUUUCUGCAGAAGCCGAUGGGUCUACUGUCCCUACUUGAUGAAGAAAGUAGAUUUCCCAAGGCCACCGACCAGACUCUUAUAGAAAAAUUUGAAGGUAACCUGAAAUCACAGUACUUCUGGAGGCCCAAAAGAAUGGAACUUAGUUUUGGAAUUCACCAUUAUGCGGGAAAGGUCCUCUAUAAUGCAAGUGGGUUCUUAGCUAAAAAUAGAGACACUCUUCCAACAGACAUUGUGCUGCUUUUGAGAUCAUCCGAAAACAGCGUAAUUCGGCAACUGGUCAGUCACCCUCUGACAAAAACAGGUAAUCUGCCACAUUCUAAAACUAAAAAUAUAAUAAACUAUCAAAUGAGGACCUCAGAAAAAACGAUCAACUUGACAAAGGAUGAAACUGGAGAAGCCACACGUCACGCCAUAGAGACAACCAACAUGAAAACACAAACAGUUGCAUCAUAUUUUAGAUAUUCUCUGAUGGAUUUGUUAUCUAAAAUGAUGGUGGGCCAACCUCAUUUUGUCCGGUGCAUCAAACCAAAUAAUGACCGUCAGGCAAGAAAAUACGACAGAGAGAAAGUUCUCCUACAGCUUCGCUACACAGGAAUUCUGGAAACAGCAAGAAUUCGAAGGCUGGGGUACUCACAUCGGAUACUUUUUGCUAACUUUAUAAAGCGGUACCAUGUUCUCUGCUACAAGUGGAAUGAAGAACCCCCAGUGAGCCCUGACACCUGUGCCACCAUUUUGGAAAAAGCUGGUCUGGAUAACUGGGCUCUUGGAAAAACAAAAGUGUUCCUUAAAUAUUAUCAUGUGGAACAGUUAAAUUUAAUGCGAAAGGAAGCCAUUGACAAGCUUAUUUUGAUUCAAGCCUGUGUCAGAGGAUUCUUGGAUUCAAGGAGGUACCAAAAAAUACAGGAGAAAAGAAAAGAGAGUGCUAUAAUAAUACAGUCAGCUGCAAGAGGACAUCUAGUCAGGAAACAAAGGAAAGAAAUUGUUAACACAAAAAACACAGCAGUAACAACUAUUCAGACUCAUGAUCAGCAAUUUGACUACAAGAAAAACUUUGAAAAUAAAAGGGAAUCUUUUGUGAAGAAACAGACAGAAAAUGUGGUCCCUACUAACGAAACAGUCAUUCCAGCUCCAAAUAAUAAAGGAAGUACAUCUGCAGUGAAGACUUCUACUUUCAGAGUUGAAGGGGAAGCCAUGAUUGCUGUUGAAAGUAACAACAGAGGACAUCAAACUCAGAAAAAAAUGAAUAACAUGUAUGGAGAAGAGGCUAAGCAGGAAGUGUAUCUGGUGGGGGACCCUUGGACAGAAGGACAGCCUAAGAAGAAAUACGCGAAAGACCUGGAAGAGAAUAGUAAGGUAAGGAGAGUGGAGGAGAACACUGUGCUCCAGAAUUACUAUCAGAGGUAUGCAGAGGAAAGGAAUUUUGAAGAAUCAAAAGUAGCAUAUCUAGAAAGGAAGGCCAUCUCGGAAAGGCCAAGCUACCCAGGACUUUGGGUGGUGGAGAAUGAGACAAAGCAACCUUCUUUAACAAAAAGUUUGGAACCCAGUCUUAGCCAAAGGUCGGUUCAUCAAAAUGGAGAUAGCAAGGAAAAAGAAAAGAAGACAUCUGUAGUUACCCAGAAUGCACCAGUGUGCAGCCAUCAGAGAAGCCAUUUGACGCCUGGGUCGGUCAGAGAGAGGCCAGCCCAAGCCAGCAUGCACGCCCAGGAGGAAGAUAGAGCGGCAGUGUUCAUUCAGAGCAAAUACCGGGGCUACAAGAGAAAGCAGCAAUUACAGGACAGGAUGUCUUCUUUUCAAAGUCAAAAGGUUGUUUCAAAACCAACAGAAGUAGCAACAAAUACCCAUGAUUUGUACUCCUAUCCCAGAAAACAUGAGGAAUCCUGUAAUAUCAGGAGAAAGAAUGAUAGAGACUCAAAGGCAGUUUUAGAGAACCAACCAUGUGAUUUGGCAAUCUUUUCAAAACAGAUAUCAAAGUUAUCUGAAGAAUAUUUCAUUCUGCAGAAAAAACUGAAUGAAAUGAUUUUGUCACAGCAACUGAAGCCUCUUUAUCUGGGUGUCUAUCCUCAUAAGCCAAUUAAUAGACGAGUUUCUUCUCAGCAGUGCCUCUCAGGUAUCUCUAAAGAAGAAGAGCCAAAAAUAUUGAGGCCCCCAAGACGGCCCCGGAAACCCAAAACAUUAAAUAACCCUGAGGACUCCACAUACUAUUAUCUACUACAUAAGUCAAUCCAAGAAGAAAAACGAAGACCAAGGAAAGAUAGUCAGGGGAAAUUAUUAGAUUUGGAAGAUUUCUAUUAUAAGGAAUUUUUGCCUAGUCGUUCUGGACCAAAGGAACAUAACCCUAGCUUAAGAGAACGAAGACAAGAGAGAGAACACCAGCAUCGAUGUUUUAAUGCUGAUGAAAGGUGCUGGGCGGAGGAGAACCAGGGGCUGGAGGAAAAUGGGCCCGCAACCAAUCCCUACGACUACAGGAGGCUCCUGCGCAAGACCUCCCAGCGGCAGCGCCUCGUGCAGCAGGUGUAG